AGCAUCUAAAAAUUUAUCUGUAUUUAUUAUAUUCUAAAAAUAUAACAAUUAUUCAAGAUGAGUGACUACGAUGACGACUUUGAUGAUUUUGUUGAAUCCAAGGAUAGUAAACCUCCUGGCCAGAACACAAAGAAUAUUUUGGGAAAGCAAGGUAGAGAUGAAGUUAAAGAAAAAGGCCUUUCAAGAGUCUCACAAGGUAGUAUUCAGAAGUCAGACAGCGAUGCUUCUUUACCAGAAGCCAAGGGAUUGAGCAAGAAUAUUGAUAAGACCAGUUUUGGAGUGAAUAAUGUGACAGCUAAAGCCUCAGACUCUUCUGCAUCUUCAAAAACUAAUAAUUUUGGUAAACUUAGUAAUAAGUCAAACCUGAAAAGCUCAGUGAUUAAUAAAUUUAAUGUAGCUUCUAAAAAGCCAGCUGAUAAAAGUGAUGAUGAUGAAUAUGGUGAUAAUGAUGACUUCCAUGAAGAGAGUAAUGAUCAAGAUUCUCAAAAGAGGUUUGUAAGCUCAAAGCCAAAGAAAAGUGUUAAAUUCCCUCAUACUAAAACAACUCCUAGAAACAAAUUUAAGGCAGGAAGUAGAGGUACUAGUCCUAGGCUCAAGCCUGAGCUUAGUCUUGGGAAAUAUCAAGCUAACUCAGAUACUUUGAGAGGGGCUAGAUCCAAAAGAGCUUACCGAAGCUUAAAGAAAUCUUUGAAUAAUACUUUAUACUCAAAGCAUCCUAACAUUAGCUCCUUGAGGACUAUCGAAAAGCCCAGGAUUAAGCUGAACCCAAUGGUUGAGGUCCAAAAUGACAUUUACAAUUGUAAGAAGCACUUAAAAUAAAGUCCAUAACCUUCGUGAAAUGUCUUCUGCACAAGAGGAUGAGCAUGCCCAGCUUCUUUAUUUGGCUAAGGAAAACAAGGUCUUGCAACAAGAAUUCAGAGAUCUCAAUCUGAGCUUGAACAAAUUUAUCGAGAUGAUGAAGGACUUCAAAUACAAGAAUAAUAGCCGAUAUCGAAAAAUAAAUCAGUCGAUGAGAGCUAGGCCGAAAGCGGUCAAAAUUGAAACGAAACUGGGAGAGAAACAAUCUUACGAACUCAUGAUUGAAAAUAUGAGGAGAGAGCAUAAAAGGCUCCGAGAUAGACUAGAUGUUGUUGGUGACCCAAGCUACAGCCUCUCUCUUCGUAAAUAAGAUCAUUGAUACGAAAGACCAUAUCCAGACACUUGAAGAGAGCGAGAGGAAACAGCUUAAUGAUAAGUUCUUGAAGAACAAAGAUGCUGAGAGAAUCAUCAGCAAUGGCCAGAGUGAUGCGAUGCGGGCAACUCAGGAUGGAGCCAAAGAGCUCACAUAUCUGACAGAUCACCUCCAGAAGAUAGAGAAAUAAGCUUGCAAAGCAGGAAGAAACUAAAGCAGAUGCAGAUGAAAAAUCUGCAUCUGCUUCCCAGAAGCUGAAAGAGCUUGAGCAAGCAGCUGCUGAUAAAGGUCUAGACCUUGUAGAAGUUUAUGAUGAUUUUGAGAAAGAGCCUGAGAUCGACCUGAGUAUGGACCCACUGACUUAUGAGAGAAAGAAAUUAGUUCUCCAACAGUCGAUACAGACUACUAAAUAUAAGUACCAAGGGAAGUUGAGUGCUCUGAAGGAGAAGUAUGAGAGCAUCCUGAAGACUCGGAAUGAUUGAAUAAAUGCUAUUAGACUUCGCCAUAACCAAACUACAGAAGCUAGAGAGAAAGUUAAGGACUUGAUGAUUAAGUCUAAAGUUAUGUCUGAAGACCUCCUAGAUGAAGAAGCUAGCCAAGAUGAGACACUAGAAGAUCUUCCUGAAGAAUACAUUAUCGAAGAAAAUCCAUUAAUUCAGAAGCUAUCUGUUGCUUUAAAGGGAUACAAAAAGAAGAGGGUUAGUCAGUUUACUCAAUCUGCUGUUAGUGGCAGGAAGAGCUCCAGAAUAUCUUCUAGGGCUGGAAGAAAGAAAGUUGUUAAUAAUAUAUCCAUCCAAAAGAAAGCCAACAUGCCUGGAUUGGAAAAUAAGAUGGUCAGCAGUUCCAAAAAUCAAUAUGAUAUUGCAAAACAAAGAAGAGGGGAUGAUGAACGAUCACUACUAAACUCUUCUGAGAAAAAGCCCUUAUUCAAAGAUAAGAUUAGAGCAAAGCCGUUUUAAUCGGCUUGAGAGUUUCGAGGUGCACUAGAUAUUACUUUGACCAAGAUUUAGAGUAUUUGAGUAUCAAUAAAA